AUGAUAGAGGGUAACAUCACUUGGUAUGGUUUGAAUGAUGACUUAUUGAGUGCCAGAAUAAAUAAAAAUAUAAAAACUUAUUUGAAAAAUGUCGAAUUUAGUGACGUAAAAAUUCGAGUGAAAAAUAAUGAAGAAUUUACGGCUCAUAAAGUUGUUUUAACUUCAAACAGUUCUAUAUUUAAGAAAAUGUUAACAACAGACAUGAAAGAAUCGAAAGAAAGUUGUAUCAAUCUUCCAGAAUUAGAUUCUGAUACUGUUAACGAAUUGCUUCACUUCUUAUAUUAUGGUAAAUUGGAUAAAGCUAGUGAUAACAGCGCUAUUUUGUUAGAAUUAGUAAAAGUUGCUGACAUGUAUUUGAUAUCUGACUUAAAACAUGUCUGUGACGCAUUGUUGAGUAGACUUUUAACAUCUAAAAAUGUUCUCUCACUAUUGGAAAUAUCCGGGACUCAUAACUUACUAAUUGUACGCCAAUAA